CCUUUUAGUACAAUAGAUUACCCAUCAUCACAACCUACCUGCCUUUUUUUUUUUUUGUUUCUCUCAGGAAAUGAAUUCGUGGGUUCUCUCAUCGUCUCCUUUUCUUGUUUCUUUAUUUUUCAUCAACAUUCCUCUAUCUUUAUGCAAUGAAGAUAUGUACGAGAGCUGUAGCAAUAUGUUCAACUGUGGAAAGUUGAAUAACAUUAGUUUUCCUUUUUGGGGAGAUAACUGACCAAAUAGUUGUGGCUAUCCUGGAUUAAAGCUCAAUUGCCAGGGAAGUGUUGCUACCAUAAAGAUGAAAAACGUGACGUACCAAGUGUUAGGUGUCAAUGCCGAGGCCCAAAUACUCAAGAUUACGAGAGAGGACUUCUCGGCUGGGAUUUGUUCACCAGAGUUCGUGAAUUCCACCCUCGAUCCUACACUAUUGGAUUUUGGCAUUGGUUUACAGAAUCUUACAAUAGUCUAUGGCUGUGAUUUUUCUUUGAUACCUUUCCCAGGCAUCGGACAAUUCAAUUGCCAAAUAAAUGGUUUUGCGCACAUCAAAUGGGGAGCUUAUGGGCCUGGGGAAUGUAAAGUAAGCGUAGUUGUUCCUGUUCCAGUUCAGUCCAGUCAGGGGACAGGAAUAGAAAUAGAAAUAGAAAUAGAUCAGUCAAAAUUAGAGGAAGGCAUUAGGGAAGGAUUUGAUGUGAAAUGGAAGGUGGAUACAGCGGCAUGUCUUAACUGCACGGUAUACAAGGGAGUAUGUGGCUAUGACCUGAAGCGGAAUCAGUCAACGUGCUAUUAUUCCUCACCAGGCUCUUCCUGGUGGAAUCAAUCGUUUAAAGGUGUUGUAGUUGGAAUUGUUGGGACCAUAGCAAUUGUCUUUGUUAUGAUCAUUUGCUACCUCAAAAGAGAACAAUUAUCAAGUAUGGAAGUGAUUAGCAAGAAGAAAACCAAAGACAAUCAAUAUGCCAAGGCUUUUAUAAUGAAUCAAGGCUCACUCGCUCCCAAGCAAUAUAGUUAUUCAGAUAUUAAGAAAAUGACCCAUUCAUUCAAAAACAAACUAGGUCAAGGUGGAUAUGGAAGUGUAUACAAAGGAAAGCUAUUGGACGAUCGUCUAGUAGCAGUUAAAGUCAUCAAUGACUUGAAAGGAAAUGGAGAAGAUUUUAUUAACGAAGUUGCUAGCAUUAGCCGAACUUCCCAUGUUAACAUUGUCACUCUUUUGGGUUAUUGUUAUGAGAGAACUAAGAGAGCUCUAGUCUAUGAAUUCAUGCCCAAUGGAUCUUUGGAUAAGUUCAUAUGCGACCUAGAAUCUUCUAGCACAAAUUGUAAGUUAGAACAUAAAACACUUCUUGGAAUUGCAGUUGGCAUCGCUCGAGGAUUAGAGUACUUGCAUUGUGGCUGUAGCACAAGGAUUUUGCAUUUUGACAUAAAACCACAAAAUAUUCUACUAGAUGAUGAUUUUUGUCCAAAAAUAUCUGAUUUUGGCCUUGCAAGACUAUGCCAAAAGAAGGAGAGUAUUGUAUCUAUGUUGGGUACUAGAGGAACUAUAGGAUAUAUUGCACCAGAGGGUUUUAGUCGAAGCUUUGGAGGAGUCUCUCACAAGUCUGAUGUUUAUAGCUAUGGAAUGUUGAUUCUUGAAAUGGUUGGGGUAAACAAGAAUUUUGAUGCAGAAGUUUCUCAUACUACUGAGGGAUAUUUUCCAAAUUGGAUUUAUCAGAAUCUAAAUUUGUGUGAGAAUGUUGAAAACAGCAUGGUCAUAAUAGAAGAGGAGGAACAAAUGAAAAAGAAAAUGAUUUUAGUGGGCUUGUGGUGCAUCCAGACCAUUCCAACAAAUAGGCCAUCCAUGACUAAGGUGGUGGAGAUGUUGGAAGGUAAUGUUCAUUCCAUAGAAAUUCCUCCAAAACCCUUCUUGUUUUCUCCUGCAAGGUCAGUGCAAUAUUCUUCAACAACAUCAUUACCAUAAAAAUUGGCGCGGGUGAAAAAUCUACAUGAUCCCCAUAAGCAACGAAUCCAUUUGCUGAAUGAUUUCAUUUAGCAAAUGGAAUUAUUGCUCGCUAGUGCUAGAUAAUAGUUUUGAUGGAAGACCUAAGUGCCCGUUUGGAUUCAAAGUUUCCUGGCGUCUGCGUUUUUGUUCUGCGGUUUUCUCUUUUUUUUUUUUUUUGGUUCAGCCCGCAUUUGUUGACUUUUGCACAGUGAACAGUGCAUUCGUGCACUGUUCACGGACUCACAAAUUCCACUUUUCAGCAACUUUUUCAUUAAAAAUGGGUCCCACAGCACUAUUCACACAUUUAAAAAUUAUUUUGCUACAGUGUUUUCAGUUUCAGUUUUCAGUUUCAGUAAAAAUAAGCUCAAUCCAAACGGACCCUAAG